CGUCUUCGCUUGUCCCCUUCCGAGGAUCUGAUUCUUGGGAUGCCGACGGAAGAAGAAGAUAAGAUGUGUUGACUCCGCAGUGGGGGGCGAGCGAAUGAAAGCUGAACCUCAUCCCACAUUCUCUCUCUCAUGCUCAUGACCUUUCUUCGUGCCCUUCUCCUGAUUCCCGCCAACAAGAUAUGGGGAGUGACAGAGACCGCCAUGGCCGCCGCCGCCGCCCUCUCUUCUCUCUCUUUCCGCUGAUCUUGUGCCUGCUGUUGCGUCUGUCUGAGGCCGGCACGAAGGGCAGAGGAGGUGGGGGAACGCCCUCCGUCAUCGGGUAUGGAUACACGGUCCGGUCCGUGGCCAUUGACCCGUCGGGAACGACGUUGACCGCCGAGCUACGCCUCAUCAACGGGACCUCUGUCUACGGGCCUGACAUCGAGAAUCUCCGCCUUGUUGCCAGCUUCCAAGCGGGCGGUCGUCUUCGGGUCCGGAUCACAGACGCCAACAACCUCCGAUGGGAAGUCCCCGCCGACAUCAUCCCUCGCCGAUCUCCCUCCUCUCCCCACCGCUCUCUCCCCGAGCAAACCCUAGCCCCGCCGCCGUCCCUCUCCCGCUCCCACGGCAGCCUCUCCGCCGCCUCCUCCGACCUCGUCUUCUUACUCCGCAACACCACCCCCUUCUCCUUCUCCGUCUCCCGCCGCUCCUCCGGCGACGUCCUCUUCGACACCUCCCCAUCCGACCCCUCCGCCUUCCUCGUCUUCAAAGACCAGUACCUCCAGCUCUCCUCCUCCCUCCCUCCCGGCCACUCCUCCCUCUAUGGGAUCGGAGAGCACACGAAGCCGUCGCUCCGGCUCCAGCCCAACCAAACCCUAACUCUGUGGAACGCCGACAUUGGUAGCGCGAACCUCGAUCUCAACCUGUACGGAUCGCAUCCGUUUUACAUGGACGUCAGGUCGUCCGUGGGCCGCGGCGGCGGAGGAGUUGGGGCGGGCACGAGCCACGGGGUUCUGUUGUUGAACAGCAAUGGAAUGGACGUGGUGUACACUGGUGAUAGGAUCACUUACAAGGUCAUUGGUGGGGUGUUGGAUUUGUAUUUCUUUCCCGGGCCGUCGCCGGAGGCGGUCAUGGAGCAGUACACCGCGCUCAUUGGCCGGCCGACCCCAAUGCCAUACUGGUCCUUCGGAUUUCACCAAUGCCGCUACGGUUACAAGAAUGUCGCCGACUUAGAGGGCGUAGUAGCUGGUUAUGCAAAAGCUAAUAUACCACUGGAAGUUAUGUGGACCGACAUCGAUUACAUGGAUGCAUACAAGGACUUCACCCUUGACCCUAUCAAUUUUCCAGUGGAAAAGAUGAAAGAAUUCGUCAGCAGCAUUCACAAGAACGGUCAGAAAUAUGUUCUAAUACUUGAUCCAGGCAUUAGCGUGAACGAGACAUAUGGAGCCUACAUCAGGGGGAUGCAAGCUGACAUCUUCAUCAAACGUGAGGGAGUUCCGUACUUAGGUGUUGUUUGGCCGGGGCCGGUGUACUUCCCAGACUUCCUUCACCCAUCUGGUGAGAGUUAUUGGGGUGGUGAGAUACAGAUGUUUCACGAUGUUCUUCCCUUUGAUGGCCUAUGGCUCGACAUGAAUGAGCUGUCCAACUUCAUAACUUCUCCGCCUCUUCCUUCCACUCUUGACAAUCCCCCCUACAAAAUCAACAAUGCGGGAGUUCAUCGGCCGAUCAACAACAGUACUAUUCCUGCAACAUCAUAUCAUUUUGGCAAUAUCUCAGAUUACAAUGCUCAUAACCUCUAUGGGCUCUUGGAAGCCAGAGCAACAAACAAGGCCUUAGUCAAUGUCACUGGUAAAAGGCCGUUCAUUCUCACGAGAUCAACUUUUGUGAGCUCUGGCAAGCAUACUGCACACUGGACUGGAGACAAUGCCGCCACAUGGGAUGACUUGGCUUACUCAAUUCCUGCAAUUUUAAACUUUGGGUUGUUUGGAAUUCCAAUGGUAGGAGCUGAUAUAUGCGGUUUCUCCCGGAACACAACUGAAGAGCUCUGCAACAGAUGGAUUCAGCUAGGGGCCUUUUAUCCCUUUGCAAGAGACCACUCUGAGAAGAAUAGUAUUCGUCAAGAGCUCUAUCUCUGGGACUCGGUCGCGGCAUCUGCCAGGAAGGUGCUCGGGCUUCGUUAUCGCUUGCUCCCAUACUUGUAUACCUUGAUGUAUGAGGCAAAUAGAAAGGGGAUGCCCAUUGCCCGGCCCCUAUUUUUCUCAUUCCCUGAGGAUGCAAUGACUUACAAUAUUAACUCCCAGUUUUUGAUUGGAAAGGGUGUGAUGGUGACUCCUGUGCUAAAAUCAGGUGCCCAAACCGUGGAUGCUUAUUUUCCGAGUGGAAAUUGGUUUGAUCUCUUCAAUUACUCAAACUCAGUGAGUACAGCUUCAGGAACGAAUGUGAUGCUCCAUGCGCCGCCUGAUCAUCCUCAUCUGCAUGUAAAGGAAGGUAAUAUAUUGGCCAUGCAAGGAGAGGCCAUGACUACGAAAGCAGCUCGGAGAACGCCAUUCGAGCUCUUAGUCGUGGUUGAUGGGAAUGGGAAUAGCUCGGGACAAGUGUUCUUGGACGACGGAGAGGAAAUCGAAAUGGGAGGGGAAGGACAUAAGUGGACUCUGGUGAGGUUUUAUUGUGGGAAAACAGGGAAUGGUGUUGUUGUCGGAUCAGAAGUUGUUAAUGGGGAAUUUGCUUUGAUUGAGAAGUGGGUAAUUGAUAAGGUGACAAUCCUAGGAUUGAGAAAAGGAACUGGGAUGACUAGGCUGAGAGGGAAUGAGUUGUACAACGAUGAAGAAGCAAAGUCCGGACACAGAACAGAGAAAACAGUGGGAAAAUCAAGUGAUGGUGGAGAGUUUGUGAUUCUUGAAGUCUCGAGAUUGUCACUUCCGCUGGGAAAGGCAUUCAAGUUGGAAGUGAAAUUGCGCAAAUCCUAAGACAAAACAUUGUCAGAAGAAACAGGU